AUGAGGUGUUUUUUUGCAUGUUUAAAUGCGUAUUACUUCCUGACUGUGGUCUCCUAGCCAAUCAGCAGCCCAAGAGUCAGCGCGUUGUAGGAUUUGCCCUUUGAACUGUAGUACGCGUCGCGCAUUGUGGUCAUCAAACAUGGCUGCGGUGGAGUUUGGGGACAGCGAAUUAUUCGAUCAGUUCGAAGAGAAAGCGCCAGAGCGCAAUCGUGUCAUAGAUGAAGUUGAUAAUGAAGAGAGUGAGAGUUCAGAUCGACUGCGGGAGCUUCGGCAGACAUUAGAAGUGUGCGAAGACACAAUAGAGCGCCUGAACGCAGAGAAUGAGGAACUGAAGAGAAAGUUAAACAUAUUAAGUCGUCCUACUGGUAUAAAAAUAGAAGAUUCUAAAAUUGAUGGGCCCCUUUGUCAAAUUAACUAUGGAAACAACAUCAUUUCCAAGCAGUGUCGGAAAGAAAUGGAGGACUUCAUCUUCAGUCUUGUCCAGAACAGACUACAAGAGUGUAAAAAUGACCCAGAAGGCUCUGCUCUUCAUGUCAAGCCACAUCAUUCAAGUUUCCUUAUGGAGGAAAGCUACAAAGUCAAGACUUCCAGUGACUUCAAGCAUAUAAAAAAUGCUUUCAGCAUGAUCGGAAGUGUUUUAUACUUCACCAACUUCUGUGUUGAUAAACUUGGCCAACCGCUACUGAACGAAAACCCCCAGCUGACUGAUGGAUGGGAGGUUCCCAAAUACCAGCAGAUCUUUGGCCAAAUCAUUGCCCUUGAGGGCCAAGAGGUGCAGAUAAAGGAGAAAAGACCGAGACCAUGCUGUUUUAAUUGCUGUUCUGAGGACCAUCAACUGCGAGACUGUCCAGAGCCCAAAGAUAUGGCUCGUAUUAAUGAAAAGAGGAAAGAAUUUUCACAGAACAACAAUCAGAGCAACCAACGCUACCAUGCAGAAGAGGUCGAAGAGCGAUUUGCAAAGUACAAGCCAGGAAAAUUGAGUCAAGAGCUCCUUGAUGCGCUUGGGAUUAAUACAAAAACCCUUCCUCCAUUCAUCUAUCGCAUGAGGGAGCUCGGCUACCCACCUGGCUGGUUAAAAGAGGCAGAAAUGGAAAACUCAGGCCUGAUGCUCUAUGAUGGAUCAAACAAUGAAGAUGAAAACAACCACGGCCAAAAGAUAUCUUACGAUGUCUCAAAGCUGGUUGACUUUCCUGGCUUCAAUGUGUCUGCACCCCCCAACGUAAGAGAUGAUUACCGGUCUUUCAGUUCUGUUCCAAUGCAGCCUCAGCACUGGAAGCAAAAUUUUGCUGCUUUUUUAAGCAGUAACUUUCCAAUGCAGGGCUCCGGCUGCAGUAAGAGGCAUCAUGAGUCUGAAUCCACACCCCAGAAGGCAAAGAAAUGGAGAUCUAAUUCAGAAAACCAAGAAUCAGAUAUGGAGAUAGAAUCAGAUCAAGACACGUCUCAACUUAGAUCUGAUGGUUUCCAGUUCCACCCACCACUUCCUCCUGGCUCUUCGUCCUUGGGCGUUGCUCCACCUCUGCCGCUGGGAACACCUCCAUCCACACCUCCAAUCCCUAAGGGAACUCCACCCCCAACUCCACCUACAAAUUAUUCUCCGUCCACUCAAGCCAGAGGGUUGACUGAGGGGGAAGAGUCAGAGGAUGGGCUGACUCUGGAGGAACUGGAGGAGCAGCAAAGGCUUCUUUGGGCAGCCCUUGAGAACGCAGAUACUGCAACCAACAGUGAUUCUGAAGCUGGAGCUUCUGAGACCCCCGUCCCAAGUUCCCCUAGUGUUGUCACUUCACUUAAACUUGACUCGGAGGAAGACGGAGAAAAGAUGGAGGACUCGAGUCAUACAUUUGAAAUCAAAAGCACACCAUCUUCACCUGCUGAGCCAGUAACUAAUGUAUGUGAGGAUGAGCGGAUAGAUGAAACAGCCAGCGAUGAACAGGAAAAACAUUCAGUUAAUGAAAACGUGAUCGAUUUGCAAGCGGAGAUGAGUGACAUUAUUGUCCUGGAUGAAGUUUAUGAAGAAAACAGUAAUCAUGAUGCAACAAAUGGAACUUCAGACACUCCUCAGAUAAGCACACAGGAGUCAAAUGUACAAGUGGCCGAUAACAUGGAGGAACCUGUUGAAAAUAAAGUAACUUUCGUCCCACACCGUAGCAGAUUUGCUGAGGGAAUAAUUCCUUUUGAGGAUACGCCUGAAUUUACGGAGGUUGCUGAAGCGACAGGGGUUUACCUCAAGAUUCGAGAUUUACUGAAAGGCUCCCCAAGAAAUCAGGCCAAGAACAAGAAAUAAUCAAAGUCGUCAGUUUUAUACUGCCCACCUGUGGACAACAAGCAAUGUUUUUUCUCUUAUUACAGUCCUUUUCUAUGUAGUUUUACUUUGGUGCUUUGUAUAUUUUUACUGCUAUUGUGUGAUUUUUAAAAACACAAAAAGGUAACAUUUGGUUUGUACCUGAAUAUUAACUGACUGUGGGUACUUGUUCUGUGUGUAGGUGUUUUUUGUUUUUUUAUUAUUCCUGUUCCGUUUUCUGUAAUUACACUUGUUAUUGCUACAUCUCAUGGCAUGCUGAUUUGUAUGUCCACCAUAGAUCAUCUGUGUAAUUUAUUGUGAAUAUCUCUCAGCAUAAAUUUCUUAAGAAUUCUCACUGAAUUAAAAGUUUUAACUCAAACCUGGAA